UCUAAACGCCACCACGCAGCCAGCAAAAACGUCAUCACAAACUCCUGAAGUAACAGACAGUAUGUUCUGUCUGGACCCAAUGAAGCCGCCCAUAGUACGCCUAACUGAACAGUCUGCAGUCGGCGAUGGCCGUUUCCUGCUGGCCAGACUCCGCGAAAUUAAAGUCUAUGACAAUCUCAGACUAUACUUGGCGUAUCUGAAGGACCAAAAACCGGACGUCUGCAUAGACGGACUAACACUAACCAGCAUGCAUGUCUUUUUUGCAUCCAAUGGCCUGCCUACUGAACCUGAACAUCUUAUGAACAUCUUCAUGGAAUACAACUCAACAAUUGGAAUUUCACCUAAGCAAACCCUCACCGACCUGGAAACCUACAGGAAAUAUGUAACAACUAGAAGACUUCAAUACCUGCAGCAUUCGCGCGAAGCCGCCAACAAAUUUUACCUGCCGACUACAUCGUCGAAUUUUUACAAGCAUUGACGCCUUCUAACACGGAAGAAGAAAUGACACCCUCGCAAGAGGCAGUAAGUACUAUUAAUAAUUUAAGUAUGUCUCCAAAAAUUUCUUCAACGGAACAACAGAAUGCGAAUGAAAUUCUAAUUUAUUGUCAGAAUUUCAAUCGCAUGAAAAGCCCAGGCAAAAUGAAGGAAAUUUCUUUAAACAUUCUCUCACAUUCUUUCGACAUUAUUCUUGGAACUGAAACUAACUGGGACGAAAGCGUCCACCCUGAAGAAAUUUUUGGAAACAAUUAUUUUGUAUUCCUAGGCAAUAGAAAUUUAAAUCUCAGUCAGAAAAAGUCAGGAGGCGGCGUCCUCUUAGCCAUAAAUGCCAGACUUAAUCCAAAAGAAAUUGUAACUGAAAAACAUUUUCAAUUUGAACAAGUCUGGGCCAAAGCCACUAUUGCAGGCCAAGUACACAUUUUUGCAUCAGUAUACUUUCCGCCGGACCAUGCAAAUAAACAGUCGUAUGAACUAUUCUUUAAAACAGUAGAAAUCAUAACAUCAAAAAUGGAACCGGAAGUAAAACUUCACAUUUAUGGCGACUUUAAUCAAAGCAAAGUCGAAUUUAUAUCUGACCAAGAAAAUGAAGCAAUUCUUCUCCCAGUCAUUGGGGAAAAUGAAACUUUGCAUUUUCUCUUUGACAAUAUUGCAAAUUAUGGACUUUUCCAAAUCAAUCAUGUAAAAAACCAAAGAAAUUCAUUUUUAGACCUUUUAUUCACUAACUGUAUUGAAGACUUUCAUGUACAAGAAUCUGUAACCCCCCUUUGGAAGAAUGAAGUCUUCCAUACAGCAAUUGAAUAUUCUACUUAUGUCCAUAAAAACACUUUGCCCAUUGACUGGGAAUAUUUUUUUUUUUUCAUAAAAUUAUUUUUAUUAGGUCCUUUUCGGUACUGGGACCUGGUUAGGACCGAGUCGGCUUUUGUAAUUACAUUUGACUUAAUAAUUACAGAGGAUCUUGUGUGUAAAUGUUAGUGGGAGGGG